AUGCGAAAUUCUGCUUUGGGACCAAAAUUAACACUGAGUAGAGCCCAGGUGGAUGACACAGAAGACAUACCUGAGGAACCCGAAGAUUUUGAUACAAUAAUAAUUGAAAAAAAGAAAAUCAAAUACAAAGCCAUGAGAGAAGAUCGAUUUGAUGCAAAGGGACGAUAAAUUAAAUAAGGAACUGGAUAUGGAAUAUAGUUUGAUAAUUUCAUAACGGUGUGCGUUUUUGAUCCAAGCGAAGAAGUAGUGUAAAUAAAAGACACGUUAUCGAAUUGCACAAAUGGCAUUGAUCAAUCAAAAAUUAAUCCAAGAUUGGAUAUAAAAUAUAAAGCUGAAAAUGAAGGAGAUGAAAUCAUACUCUUUUCAAUCCUUAAAAAAUAAAAAAACAAAUGA